AUGGAAGCGGCGGACGAGCUCGGCCUGGGCCUCUCGCCGGGCUUCAAGUUCAACCCUGAAGACGAGGAGCUGGUGGAGUACUUCCUGCUCCCACGGCUCCUGGGCCAGAAGCUCCCGCUAGAAGGCAUGAUCUACGAGGACGAUCCGUUGCGCGCGCCGCCGUGGAAGCUCCUGAGCGAUCACGGGCGCAAGGGCGAGGCCUUCUUCUUCGCGGCCGGGCACGCGAUCCACGGCGGCAGCAGCCGGCGGCAGAAGCGCACCUGCGAGGGCGGCGGGUGCUGGGAGGGCCAGGGCCAGAAAGGCCGCAAGGACGGCAACGGCGACACCAACAACAAGCUACGCGUCGUCGACUCCGAGAGCUGCGGCGCCAUGGAGGUCGAGUGGAAGAAGUACAUGCUCAACUUCCACAUCGACGGCGAGGAGGGCAGCACGGGGUGGGUCAUGCACGAGUACGUGGUCACCGCGCCCGCCUGCCUGGUCUCGCCGACGUCCAUCAGGGCGUACCGGAUUCGGCUCAGCGGACACGGCAAGAAGCGCAAGAGGGAGGCUGAAGAUUAUUGCGGCGGCGCCGACGAAGACGGUGGACUGGCGCGCGCCGCGGCCCGGCAAGCCCGAACAGAGGAGCCCGAUCUUGCUGUCCAGGAUCACAUUUCGGGGGCUUCGAGCUUUGUUUUCCCCGAUCAAGAUUCGUCCCAGGUGGUGACCGACGACCAGCCGCUGCAGGUGGAUUCUUUUUUCGAAGGCCUCUUCGUGCCCGACGUGUCGUGGUUCGAGCCAGGCGCAGACCUCGGAUCGUUAUAG